GCCCAAAGCAGGGGCAGGGGCCAGGCGGCAGCCACCACCGGAGUCGAGGGCAAAGCGCAGCCCCACGCGCCCCUCGGAGCCCCGCGUUGGCUCCCCCGACCCAGUAGAUGCCAGAGCUCCUGCGUGGGGAAGCGGGCUCCGCACCCCUCGGCACCCGGUGAGGGCGACGAUCAGACGGAGACCCCUGGUCCAGACCCAGAGCUGGAACUUGGUCUCACCGGGCUCCACACGCAGGGACCGCGCCUGACCCGGCUGCGCGAUGGCUGCGCCCAAGACAUGUGACCGGGACCGCGUGGCCUCCACCCUGCGCUACUGCAUGACAGUCAGCGGCACGGUGGUUCUGGUGGCCGGGACGCUCUGCUUCGCCUGGUGGAGUGAAGGAGAUGCAGCUGCUCAGCCCAGCCAGCCGGUCCCGCCCGCCAGACGCCCUGUGCCAGAGGCCCCGGGUCCCCUGCUCAGGUCGGUCAGCUUCUUCUGCUGCGGCGCUGGUGGGCUGCUGCUGCUCUUUGGCCUGCUGUGGUCCAUCAAGGCCCACACCCGGGGGCCACCUCGAUGGGACCCCUAUCACCUCUCCAGAGACCUGUACUACCUCACUGUGGAGCCUUCAGAGAAGGAGAGCAGCAGGACGGUGAGUGCUGCCAUCCCUACCUACGAGGAGGCCAUGCGCUGCCCACUGGUGGAGGGGCCCCUGACAUCACCUGCCCACACCCUGGAGGAAGACCUGGAGCUCAGUGCCUCUGGGGAUGCCCUGCUCCGGGCCCAGUCCGCCCUGCCUCCACCCAGCUACGAGAGCCUCAUCCUCGCUGCGGACAGCUCUGGAGAGACAACACCAGGGGCUGCCAGCUCCUGCCCGAGCCGGGUUCAGACUCCAGGGGAGGCAGUUAAAGGCUCCUAGCUGGUCUGGAAGCUGGAAGCAAGUGAUAGGUUUCUUCUGGAGUCUAGUAUAGUGCCUGGUACACAGCAGGCACUCCACACAUGUUUGCUGCUGAAUGCUGUCUUAUUUAUCUAUCGCUGUGCAACGAAGGCUUCAUGUAAAUCCAUUUUAUUAUCUCA